CAGUUAUUUUUCCUAACAUAGCUUCUCCGGAGGUGUGUCCCACAUUGAAGCACUGAAUGAUGGGUGUGUGGGCCAGAGCAGCGGCUCUGUCUCUGGUGCUGCAACAGCUGGUGCUCACUGUCACAGCUCAAGGCAUUAUCUACGACCUGCUGGUGUCUCCAGACUGCCUGCCAGACUUAUUCCAAGGAAGCCUGAAGAACAAAGGGCGAGAUGAGGCAUUCCUCCUCUCCUCCUUCAGGCUCGACAGCAAGGCCCCCACCUCUCUCUACAGUGUCAUCAACCCCAAAGACAACACCAAGUACCUGGAGCUCAGCGUGCAGGCCAAACUGAGCAAGGUGACCAUUCGUUACCAGAAGACUGACGGCAGAUUUGCCACAACCAGUUUCAACCACGCUUCCCUGGCAGAUGGCAGAGAUCACCAUGUAAUGCUGCAUGCCAGAGGUUUACAGGGCGGCACACCUCGCCUAAACAUAUACGUGGACUGCAGACUGGUGCACACUUUGAAUGAUCUGCCAGCUGCGUUUGGGUCUCUCCCCCCUGGGCCCAACAAGGUGGCACUUAGGACCCUGCAGUCGAGUGGGAAGGAUGAACUGACUGACUUGAAGCUGGUGAUAGAGGACACCAUAGACAAUGUGGCGACUCUGCAGGACUGCAGCGUGGAUCAGCGUCAAUCGCUGCAGCUGCUAAGUAUCCAGGAAGGUGAGACGUCACAUGACCAGAUCACCAUGCAGGAGCUGAAGACCAUGUUAUCUGAGAUGAAGGUGCUGCUCCACCAGCAGAUUAAGGAGACCACUCUUCUGAGGAACACCAUCGCAGAGUGUCUUGCCUGUGGCCUCGGGGGCAAUCCAACCAACACAGGUCCAGCUCCAAGUCCUGCACAAUUUGUCAUGCCGCCUGAUCCUGAGUCUGAGCCUGAGCCUGAGCCUCAGCCUCAACCUCAACCUCUGAGUCAGUGCCCACCUGGUACCUGCUUCAGACAGAACAUGUGCAUCCACUCAGAGUCAGGGGGUUUCCAGUGUGCCCCCUGUCCUGAAGGAUAUACAGGAGACGGGGUGCACUGUGACGACGUAGAUGAGUGCCAGUUUAAGCCAUGUUACCCUGGUGUCCGGUGUGUCAACACUGCUCCUGGUUUUCGCUGUGAGAAAUGUCCUCUGGGCUACAGCGGACCAGAGAUAAAUGGAGUUGGAGUUGCCUAUGCUAAAUCCCACAAACAGGUGUGUGAAGAUAUAGAUGAGUGUCUGGACCCGCCUGAGAAUGAAGAUUGCACUGCCAACUCGCACUGCUACAACACUAUAGGUUCUUUCCGUUGUGGAGAGUGUAAAACUGGCUUCACAGGUGACCAGACAAGAGGCUGCCAUGGUACCAGGCUUUGCCCUAACGGUAAACCCAGCCCCUGCGACGACAAUGCAGUGUGUGUCAUAGAGAGAGACGGCAGCAUCAGCUGUGUGUGUGGCGUUGGUUGGGCAGGUAAUGGCUAUGUGUGUGGAAAGGACACAGAUAUCGAUGGAUAUCCUGACAUCAAGCUCCCGUGCAGAGACAACAACUGUAAGCAGGAUAACUGCGUGUUUGUGCCAAACUCUGGCCAAGAGGAUGCGGACAGGGACGGGAUGGGUGACUCCUGUGAUGAUGAUGCAGACAGUGAUGGCAUUAUUAACGUAGAUGACAACUGCUGGCUCAUUCCUAACGUGAACCAAAGGAAUAGCGAUAAGGAUCUCCAUGGUGACGCCUGUGACAACUGCAGAACAGUCGAAAAUCCCUCACAGAGAGAUACUGACCAGGACGGGCUGGGAGACGAAUGUGAUGAGGAUAUGGAUGGGGACGGCUUGAAGAAUAUUCUUGACAACUGCCAGCGAGUCCCCAACGCAGACCAGAGAGACAGAGACAACGAUGGCGUGGGAGACGUCUGUGACAGCUGUCCUGAUAUGUUCAACCCCAACCAGUCUGACUCAGAUGAUGACCUUGUAGGAGAUACCUGUGACGACAACAUCGACAGUGAUGGUGACGGCCAUCAGAACACUAAAGACAACUGUCCCACAAUCAUCAACUCCUCUCAGCUGGACACUGACAAGGAUGGAAUGGGAGAUGAAUGUGACGAUGACGACGAUAACGACGGCAUCCUGGACGAUGAUGAUAACUGCAGACUUGUUGCUAACCCAGACCAAAAGGACUCAGAUGAUAACGGAGUUGGAGACGCAUGCGAAGGAGAUUUUGACAAAGACAACGUCAUUGACAUAAUCGACCACUGCCCAGAGAACGCUGAGGUCACCCUGACCGACUUCAGAGCCUAUCAGACCGUCGUGCUGGAUCCAGAGGGGGACUCUCAGAUUGACCCCAACUGGGUGGUCCUCAAUCAGGGCAUGGAGAUAGUUCAGACAAUGAACUCUGACCCCGGCCUUGCUGUAGGCUACAAAGCGUUCAGUGGGGUUGACUUUGAGGGAACAUUCCACGUGAACACGGUGACAGACGACGACUACACUGGCUUCAUCUUCGGCUACCAGGACUCCUCCUCCUUCUACGUGGUGAUGUGGAAACAGACAGAACAAACCUACUGGCAGGCUGCGCCCUUCAGAGCAGUCGCUGACCCGGGAAUACAACUCAAGGUUGUGAAGUCAAAGACGGGUCCUGGUGAGUAUCUGAGGAACUCCCUCUGGCACACAGGAGACACCCCGGACCAGGUCCGUCUGCUGUGGAAGGACCCAAGGAACGUUGGCUGGAAGGACAAGGUCUCCUACCGCUGGUUCCUCCAGCACAGACCACAGGUUGGAUACAUCAGAGCUCGCUUCUUUGAGGGUCCCAAACUGGUGGCGGACACGAAGGUGAUCAUUGACACCAGCAUGAGAGGCGGGAGACUCGGCGUGUUCUGCUUCUCUCAGGAAAAUAUAAUCUGGUCCAAUCUGAAGUACCGUUGCAACGACACUAUUCCUGCUGACUACGAUCUCAAUGCCCAGAACACAGAGUGAAGCGGAGAGAUCCAUCAAGGAAACUAUUUGAGCGCUGCUGAAAGCAAGGACGAAGGAGCAGAGCUGCACUGCUGAGAACAAAGAGGACACGAGUUAUAGAAGAAAAAGAUGAAUGUGAGGGAACACGAUGGACAGUUUUGGUUAAAGACUUUAGUGAUGAUAUCCUAACUUUGUCAUUUGAGUGAGAGGGUCUUAUGAAAGCAUAACAUUGGGCAUUAUAUAGAUUAAUUGUGUGUAACUGAAGCCAGUUCAUUCUUUUAUAAAUCAACAGGUUCUGUGUAUGUCGAUGUCAAAUACAAUUGUAUUUGUACCGUUAAAGAUGCAAUACAGCAAGUACAAUACAAUUCUGAGAUCUUUGUGUUAUUUAUCUGU